AUGUUACCUUCCGUGGCGCCUUUCCCGUCGCUUCAACCACAUCAUCACAUGAGCCAUUACCACGCCCCGGGCAACCUUAAUUCGUCCUACGGCUUCAACUCUUUUCCAUCGUCGCUCCCUCGAAAUGAUCCGUCCAAGAAUUCUCUCCAGUCGGUUCCUAGGACUCGAUUACAAUACCCGCAUCCUAUCCAACGUCUCGACCUGCGCGAUAAUACUUCCAGCUCAAGCCCCUCCGUCGGUGAACAUGCCCUGAGGAGGAAAACGCCAAAUGGAACGCUUUCAGCUGGCUAUGAUGGGACCCCUGGGGACACCACUAUCCAGCCUCCGGCAAGCAAGCAUAUUUUGGUGUCGUCGUUGGAAGCGGGACAGGUCCUCUCCCCGCAGACGGGUUUCCCCAUGGACAACUGGCAGCAACCCGUCCUGGAUCAAUCGUCGCGACCUAAGCCUUCGAACUUUCCGCCCGUAUAUAACAAGAAUGAUGCGAUCAGAGGUGUUGCAGUUGCAGGAGAUAUGACCCAGGAUGCGAAUGGAACCGGCUGGGUACGUUCGCUGAAUUAUGAUCCUGGAAUGGACUCGAUUCUCAAUCAGACUUUACCCAUGCAGCAACAGCGGUUCUAUCUACACGAUGGUGCAUACGUUCCUACGGUACUACCCGCUACUCUCCAACCAUGCGUCGGCCCAACGGCAUCUGCUGGCAGCGGUCCCUAUGGCCCCUACUGGCCCGAUGGGGUGUACAUCCCAUAUCGUCCAGCGGCACUACGGGAUUCACGAUUUAAUUCCCCGGCCUCGUUUGCGAAGCCGAACAUGCAAUUCUACGAUCCAUCUUUGAACCCCCAAAAUUCGAUCCCCCCCGGAAACCACCCCGAUGCAGCCGUCGCCUGGAACCCAGCACCUUUAGGGAUGCUGAAUCUUGAUUCUACGGUCAAAAGCAAUUUUCCGCCGCGCUACUCCGACCAGAAACCCCUUGACUCUGCUCUUCAUCAGCAGAUCCUGCCAAGUCACUCACGACAGAAUACCGCACCUUACCCCUCGCAUCCGUCAAGCAAUGAGCCAUUCGCCCCGUGGGCCAACCUACAGCAGCCAGUGCCUGGUCACAAUCCACGGACGACAAAUGCGGAGUUCAAAGAGAAAGUCCUAUCGUGGGCUCACAGUGUUUACGUUGAUCUUCUUGCUUCUAUUCAUCAGGCCCGUCGGAACAGCAUCUCCAACAACACUGGGGAUGUCCAAAAUCAGCGCUUGCUGAAACCCAGCAUCUACCCCAAACCGCCCCGUCAGCCUGGACUAGAUUUCUCGCAAGCGAGUCGCCCCCAUUUCCAGCAACCAUAUGGCGCAUCUGAUAUGCAGAUGAUCGACAGACUACGCCAUACGGGACGAUUCACGGCAUCUGUUUCCCGAUUACCCUCGGGCCCCUUCAAUGAAAGCCCGAGCGCCAAUGCUGUAUCAGCACUUGAGAUGCUGUCCCACCUUUGCAUAGAAAGUGGGUGGGAAUGGAUCGACGGAAUGCUAUUGGGAGGCUGCUUAGCUUAUGGUCUCGGUGACUAUCACAAGGCCAUGAGAUGGUACUCUAGGAUUAUGGCCAGAGAUACAACGCAUGUUGAGGCUAUCUCGAAUCUUGCAGCGACUCUUCUCGCCCUUGAUCGCCGGGAAGAAGCGUUGCACCACUGGCUACGUGCUGUCAAGCUGCGCCCAAGCUUUUUUGAGGCCGUGGAACACCUUGUGGGCUUGUUGUGCAACACACACCGCGGCAAAGAAGCAGUCAACAUCAUCGACUAUGUACAAACGUCCCUGCGGCAUCCGAAAGACGGGGACUGUUUCACGACCGAUGAGCAUGCAAGUGAGCCCGAGAGUGAUGCAGAAAGUGCGUCUGAUAUGUGCAUGUAUGAAAAGGCGUCAUUCGAUUACGACAAUGACCUUGGACAUCCAACUGGACAUCCUGCUUCGUUCGACCAAUGUGCUCCGGAUAACCGGCCGUUGGGUUUCGCCUCCAGUGGCUAUGCGAUACCCGGUGCCGACAAUGGCAGAAUACUGGCCCUUGUACACGCCAAGGGGAAUAUGCUUUAUGCACUGGGUGAUAACGCGAGAGCCGCAGCGGCUUUUGAGGAUGCAAUCUUGAUCGCGGCUGGGCGGAGACUCCAUGGCAUUCGAGGUCUUAUCAAGCAAAUCUUUGCUGCCUUCUCAUAUGGUUCUUAUCCGUCGGGCCAGCAUGACAAUGGGGAAACGAUCUUGCUGUAUCCCGACAAGGCCCUUCAGACGUCAAAAUUGGUCUUCUCACCGUGCGGUACACCGCCAGGGAUCAAGUUUGUCGCGGAGGGUCUUGCACGGAAAGCUGCGAUCUCGACAACCAGCAACUCUCUGCUUUCCCUUGCAAAGAUCUACCAGGAUGGCAUGUCUAGUAUCUCCUCUUCGGGAGCUCCAAGGUCGGCUCCUGGCGUGCGCGACAUCUUGGCGCUCUACUACCUUUCACUCUCGCUUCAACAAAGCCCGUCGACUGCUAACAAUGUGGGGAUCCUGCUUGCGGGUAUCCAAAACAACCCAGGGAAGAGCCCUGCUCGCUCCAGCGGAGAAACUCAGCACCCUGAUAUACCCGGUGUGAUUCCUGGAAGCGGCAUUUCACUUGCUCUGGCGUACUACAACUAUGGACUGCGUCUUGAUUCCCGGCACGCGCAUCUGUAUACCAAUCUUGGUAGUCUGCUCAAGGACAUCGGGCAGCUCCAUGCAGCUAUUCGAAUGUAUGAACAGGCUGUUGCGUGUGACAAUAACUUCGACAUUGCUUUGGCGAACUUGGCGAACGCGGUCAAGGAUGCUGGUCGGGUUAACGAUGCGAUUGUGUAUUACAAGCGGGCUGUGAAGGUGAAUCCCGAGUUUGCGGAAGCAGUGUGCGGAUUGGCCAAUGCUCUGAACUCGGUCUGCAAUUGGGUUGGUCGCGGUGGCGUCGUCAAUGGAUAUGGCUUCCGGGAUCGAUGGCAUGUCGAUGAGCAGGGCAUGCUGCGUGACGCGUACAACCUUGAUACAGGUGCUGGCUGGAUUAAACGCGUGGUUGAUAUUGUGGAUCGGCAACUCCGUGAGGGUGAAACCUGGGGUCGUGGCUUGCUGACCCCGGGUAUGGUGGACCAACUGUGCGCGCAGCUGGCUCCAGCUGUGGACAGUCACCGUCUCUCAUCCGGUCAGAAAGGCUCCCUGGUUUCGAUUCUGCAGGCAUGGGCAGGCCAGAGAUGGGAAGGAUCCCGGAUUGUGCGGCUCGUCGAGCGUGCGAUUCGUUCGCUUACUUGGCAGUGGUACCAGGAUCGUUACGUUCAUGGCAAGGAAUAUCCGUGGACCAAAUACAGAAGACCCCAGCUCCCGGCCGGGCUUACAGCGCCGAAUGCGCCAACCGUCUUACCGUUCCACACGUUUACUUGCCCCCUUUCUGCGAAGCAGGUGCGACAAAUCUCACAGCGGAACGGCCUUCGUAUCUCGUCAUCGACCCUUCGUGCACCGUGGCUUCCCGGCACGGUUUAUCCGCCUCCAGCGCCGCCUAAUCCCUACCUUAAGGUUGGGUAUGUGUCGUCUGACUUUAACAACCACCCUCUUGCCCAUUUGAUGCAGUCUGUAUUCGGUCUGCAUAAUCCGUCCAAGGUGAAGGCGUACUGCUACGCCACCACCCCAAGCGAUCGGUCCAUUCAUCGUCAGCAAAUUGAAAAGGAAGCACCUGUCUUCCACGAUGCCAGCGCCUGGCCGGUUGAUCGACUUGUCAACCAGAUCGUUGAGGAUGGAAUUCACAUCCUCAUCAACCUCAACGGGUACACACGGGGUGCCCGAAACGAGGUCUUUGCCGCUAGACCUGCACCAAUUCAUAUGUCCUUCAUGGGUUUUGCAGGUACCCUUGGUGCUGAGUGGUGUGACUACAUCCUUGCUGAUGAACUGUCAAUCCCCCCCGAGACAUUGAGCCCAGGUAGACGGAGGACAUUGAUGGAGGAGCGGCUCCUUGAGGAGGAUCAUAGCGAAGACAUGGAAGGGUGGGUGUACGGGGAGAAGAUUGUCUACACCCGUGAUACGUUCUUCUGCUGUGAUCACCGACAAAGUGCGCCGGAUGCACAUGAGGCUGGUCUGAACUGGGAUCAGGAGCAAGAGUUGCGGUGGCGGAUGCGGAAGGAGCUCUUCCCUAAUCUGAGGGAUGACGUCCUUAUUCUUGGUAACUUCAAUCAGUUGUAUAAAAUUGAACCAACGACUUUCCGUACUUGGCUCCGUAUACUUGCACAGAUUCGCAAUGCCGUGCUCUGGCUGCUCCGCUUUCCCGAAUCUGGAGAACAGAAUCUCCGGGAAUUAGCUGUUGCUUGGGCAGGUCCAGACACUGCAUCUCGAAUCAUCUUCACAGAUGUGGCGCCCAAAAACACCCACAUUUCACGAGCGAAGAUCCUCGACUUAUUCCUCGACACCCCCGAAUGUAACGCCCACACAACAGCAACUGACGUCCUCUGGAGCGGAACCCCCCUCCUCACAUACCCCCGCUAUAAAUACAAAAUGUGCUCCCGCAUGGCGAGCAGCAUCCUCAGCAGCGCCCUCCCCAACACCGACCUCGGCCGCCAAGCCCAAACCGAACUAAUCGCUUCAUCCGACGAGGACUACGAAGAAAAAGCCAUCCGUCUAUGCACAAGCACGCAGUACGUGCCUGGCGGAAACGGCCGCGCAAGAGGCCGUCUUUCAGACCUCCGCGAGAUGAUCUUCUCAGAAAGAAGAGGGAGCAGACUGUUUGAUACCGCGCGUUGGGUGCGCGAUUUGGAGGAUGCGUAUGAGCAGGUUUGGAAGAGGUGGGUUGAGGGCGAGGAGGGUGAUAUUUGGUUAUGA